AUGAAUCGAAAUGAAGAUGAGACAAAUAAACUAUUCCAAGAAAUCAGAAAUGAGGUUAUUGAUUUUACAACUUCAAAUUUCUUGACUUAAAUAGUUGAGAAAUAUCAAAAUUAAGAAAACUUGUGCUUUUAGGAAAAUAAGGGGAAUAGUUUUGAAUUUGUGAAGUGUAAAUUAUUGAUAAAUAUGCAAGGCAUGAUGAAUUUCUAAAAAAGAUAAAGUAAGGAAGAAAAGAAAAUGGAGUUUAAAAUUAAUUACUUGAAAAAUGAAAUUGCUGAAUGUCUCAACAUAAACGAAAGAAGUUAGUGUCAAUAAUCAGCUAUCAAUAAUAUUCUGCAGAUCCAAUAGGACUUUUUAAAGACUCUUGAAUUAACAUCCAAAAACUAAUGA